CGGGUUCUCGGUCCAUAAGAGGUCUGUCGGUGUGCACAGUUCGCGCGCCCUUUGCCCAUUUCCAGUUUAAAUUUCCCGGUGUCAACUUGCACCGCUCUUUCUUCCGGGCUCCGUUUCCUGCUUCGGCUACAACCACUGCGAGAGCAGGCGGCUUGUGAGUUGUGGGCUUGGAAGAUGAACUUGGGACAACAACUAGCAAGUACGUGACGCAGGGAAACUCGCUUGUUUUUCGCCGGGUCCGAUACGAAAGAAAGGGUGAACAAUGUCUCAGUGUCCGUGUCCGGAGCCUCUGAGUGCCCAGCAGCUGAAGCGACUCGAAGAGCACAAAUACAGCGCGUCGGGCCGAUCUCUCUUCGAGCCUCCGCUGCAACUCUACUGGAACUGGCUGGUGCAACAGAUUCCUGUUUGGAUCGCACCCAACACACUCACCAUAUCUGGGCUGCUCAUUAACAUCAUCACUACACUCGUGCUGGUAUACUACAGCCCCGCCGCGAAGGAGGAGGUACCAGGAUGGGCAUUUUUACUAAGUGGUUUGGGUUUGUUCUUCUACCAAUCUUUAGAUGCAAUUGAUGGAAAACAGGCACGAAGAACUAACAGCAGUUCUCCUCUUGGGGAACUUUUUGACCAUGGCUGUGAUGCAGUUUCAACAGUUUUUGUUGCUGUGGGAACAUGCAUUGCAGUUGGAAUGGGAAACUAUCCAAACUGGAUGUUCUUCUGUGGCUUUGUUGGCAUGUUCAUGUUUUACUGUGCCCACUGGCAAACAUAUGUUUCAGGAACAUUGAGAUUUGGCUUAGUUGAUGUCACCGAAGUCCAAGUUGCCAUCACGAUAAUGUAUGUGAUGACUGCCUUUGGAGGAACUGGUUUGUGGGAAUACAGGCUUCCAGUCAUAGGAUGCACACUGCAAGUCUUUCCCAUCAUUGGUAUAAUUGGAGGUUUCCUGUAUUCCUGUACCAACUAUUUCCAUGUGAUUCUCAGUGGAGGCGUUGGCAAGAAUGGCUCUACUGUCGCUGAUACCAGUGUACUAUCUCCAGGCUUGCACAUAGGCUUAGCCUUGACUUUGGCCUUCAUCAUUUUCAAGAAAUCAUCAAGUCAGCUUUUUGAAAACCAUCCAUGCCUAUAUAUUCUCACCUUUGGAUUUGUAUGCGCCAAGGUUUCAAACAAACUUGUGGUGGCGCAUAUGACAAAGAGUGAGCUUUACUUGCAAGAUGCAUCAUUUAUUGGUCCAGCGCUCUUAUUCUUGAACCAGUACUUCAACAGUUUUGUUGAUGAAUACGUUGUGCUUUUGAUAGCAAUGGUGAUUUCACUAGUCGACUUAGUGAAGUACUGCACUGGUGUAUGCCUUCAGAUUGCUUCUCAUCUUCGCAUUCAAGUCUUCAGAAUCAAGCCUCAAGUUUCUGAUCAGGUUGAUGAUAUAUCGAUUGCUGUGGCAUCAUCAGAGUGACAUGGACUGAAGAGAUAUGAGAACUGUUGCCAUUUUCCUGCUGUUGCUGGGAUGAAGGAAUGAAAACGUGUAUGGUUAAACAUGUAUAAUACAUUUGGUAUAUGGAAAUGAGGAGAAAAUGAUCAAAUACAGCUGAGCUGUGUUUAUGUUCAAAGGUCAAACUGCAGAGGCACACCUAAUGUCUAGAUACAGUGUCCAGUGAUGGGUCAAUAACUCAUAUAGCAGAAGUACCACAUCUGGCUCUUCACUAGACUAUCACAAUUUAAAAUUCUAUUUGCUGUCAUUUUACUAGGUGGGAAUAGUCACUGCUGAGGUUGCAAAGAUUUUAGCUGUAUUCUUAUUGUUACUUGAUGAACAGAGCAUGGCCCUGGCGGCUGGACCCAGAAGGACUCUUGGAAAUAGUGCUCUUCCAGAAAUGGGCUAGAGGCUUACCUUCU